CCAUGUGAGGUAGGUGGUGUAUACUAUGUUUAAAAUACUGUCGGCGAAUCAACAAAAUGGAGGCAUCUGUUUGCGCCAAUCCUGAAUGACUGAGAGAUGUGUCGCAUAUGACGAGUUACUUAAUAAGGUCGAUGUGACUGGCGCCACCUAUGAUGGACUCAGAAGAAAGUGAGAGGAUGUCUUUCCUCCUAUCCCGACUGCUAGAGAAAGACAUCGGCACCAAGGAAGAGGUGGAUAUCAGAAGAAAGACUGUACUUUUUAAGGAACAAUUCGACAACGCAAACAAUGAAAACCAUUCGAUAUUUAACACGGGGAGCUCAGCUGAAGGGUUUGCUUUGCGAGGGUCAGACAAUGAUGCUAUGAUCGUGGACAAAACUAUAAUGACUGUAAAUUCGAAACAUCAAAUUCCGUCAGAUAGUAAACAUGACAUGGUUUUACUACUGAGAGACGCUAACAAUUGCCAGCAUGGUCAUGUGGAACUGGAAAUUGCUGUUUGGCGGAGAUGCAAACAGCCGCUGUAUAAAUCCUUUCAUCCAGUGGGCAGUAGAACAUUUAUAUCAAGUGACAUUUAUCGGGAGGAACAUGUCAAACACGCAUUAAAUCUAGGUUUCAAUGUAGCAUCUCAUGGACCGAGUAGUGGUGCUGACGCCACGGGAACUAAUGCUGCCUUUGAUGUUGUACACGCUUUUCACUGCCCUGUAUGGCCAAAGGACGCGAUUGAAUGGAAAACCAGAAAACGGUUGUACGGAUGGCCUACUGAAACAGUGCUUAUCAAAAUUAUAGAAGGCGGCUGUCAUCUCGUCCCUAUAGGAGAUAAGUGCUCAGAUAACACUCUACUACAAUGGCGAAUAUCAUUUGCCUACGCCGAGAGACUUUUAGUUCAUUCCCUUAGCCACAGCCAGUUUAAAGUAUACGGUCUACUCAAAAUCUUCUUGAAGAACAUAAAAGUUCGCCUUGAAGCUAUCAGUAAAGAAGAAGAAAUUUUGAGUUCGUACAUCUUGAAAACUGUCAUUUUCCACGCGGUUGAAAAUACACCAGAAACAUUCUGGAAAGAAAAGAAUACUUUCACCUGCUUCUGGUUUUGUUUCAGUAUUCUCUGUGCAUGGGUUAAAGCAGAAUAUUGCCCUAACUACUUUAUCCCAAAGAACAAUUUGUUUAAAAGACAUAUCCAUGGACAGAACAAGACAAAACUACUCCAACUGCUUUCUGAAAUUCACAACAUGAAAUGGAUGUGUCUGUCAGUUGGGACAUACGUGAAGCCAUCUAUAAUGGAUAUUCUUUUAAACAAAAGCCACCAAGCAGACCUCAUGCAAAACCAAACGCUUCUUCAGUCAGAAGCACUUCUGUGACCUACAAGUCCUAUCCUGUGUUGU